CUCUUGCCGACAUCCAGGUCCCAGCCAACCUUUCCCUUCUUCCCAUCCACAACCGCCGCUCCCGCCGAACCCUCUCACCGACACACCACUCCUCAACUCCCUAGACACACAUUAUUGCUUCACCCGCAUUCCUCACCAUCGCUGAAACAUACAGCAACCCUGAACCAAUACUUCGGACGAGACGCUUGACCUCGCGACUAGCACCUUCACCCUUUAAACCCCUUCGCGCGCUCUCCCUACAGUGUCGCGGCGCAUUCCUCCAAGACCCUUCGCCCCCGUCUCUCCUCCCGUCGCAAAGUCGCGCACAACAGCAAAAGGAAAGAGAAAAAAGCCUCCUUGCUGUCGCGAACCCGCCAACCCACAUACACGAAAUCGCAUCUUCCAAGGCAGAUCAAUACAAAGCGCGUUUCUAUCGCCCAACAUGCUCAUGCCUUCCGCCUUCUCGUGCGACACGUCGCAGCCGCCUCUCACGCGCCUCCAGGCCUCCCUGUUCGCAUCGCCUCCCGCAAGCCCCCCAUCCCUUUCGAACCCCGGCUUCGGCAACAUCUUCGACACUUGCCGCUCCCUCCAGGCCCUCCUCUCGACCCCUCAACACCAGCCUAUCGCCGCUCCCACCUACGACGCACAGCAGUACUCGCUGCCCACACCAGCGCAGCUGCCAACGCCGCCCCUUGCCCACGCGCCUCCUCCUCUAAAGCUUCGUCUGCGUUCACGCGCGAAGCAGGAUGGCGGCGGCGUCAACAGCGACCACCUCGCGCGCAAGCGCAUCGCGAAGCGCGCGGCGCCUCGUGGCGUGAACAAGCGCCGGCGCGCGGCCGACGAUGACACGGACGGGGACGUCGAGAGCGACCUCGAUAUCUCGUCGCGGCGCCAAUCUAUUUCUGAAGAUCAGAACCGCAUCAACUCCCAGGUCCCCUCUUCACCAUCCACGCCUAAGCGCGCGCGCAUCGCGCCCGAGGCUAUACCACUGGGCCUCGAGCGCUCCGACUACCACACACUGCACCUCCUCAAUGGCGGCGAAAGCACCAAUAUGAAAAACACAGAAGAGACACAAGGCUCCAGCGUAGAGGUCGAGGCCGAUGGGGAGCCAUGGAGCGCCGAGGAAGACCGCAUACUCGUCGAGCUCGUGCUCGAGAAGCUCAAGCUCAGCAAGACGGAGUGGCAGGACUGCGCACGCAGCCUAGGCAAGGACAGGAAUUGCCUGUCACGGCGAUGGAAAAGCCUCAUGCUACAGGGGGACGUUGGUCUCAAGAGCCGAAGGACCAAGCUCCACGGCACCUGGUGAUGAUUUCCUUAUUGUCGGCCUCCAUCCGUUCAUUUAUUGUCACUUUUUUGGGUUUGCGACGUGUAUCAUUCCUGGUUUGGGGAUGACACGGGAUGCCGUAUGUGGCUGGCGUGUGAAAUGUCCGUUAACGGGGAAGACGCCCGGAAUUGACGUUGUUCUGAUUUGGGGAAACAUUUUGGAGCGAUUUACAGCGCGGCCUAUCCUGAGCUUGAUCUCGAGCUGCACCAGCUUUUGAGUUGGCAAUCUUAUCAUCAUCAUCAUCAUCCUUUCAUCCACCUGUGGUCCCGUUCCUCGUUCCAUGUGCGCUGGAACACCAGAAGAAGCUUUCCCGUAGCUUGCAAGCCUUGUAGCGUUACG